AUACGUUCAAGAGCUGUUUACUGUCACUAGCUGGUGGAUAUCUGAAGCAAAUCAUGUGAAAUGGAGCUCCAGGAAAAAGUAACGUUACCUGUGCCGAUAUUUACAGAAGUUGAUAAGGACGUGUUUCUGCGACAGAUUUAUCCAGAGCGCAGACCAGCCGUGCUCAGAGGGAUGUGUCUUGGACCAUGCCUAGAAAAAUGGACAGUUGAAUAUCUUGGACAGAAAGGGAGAGAUAAGGAAGUGAAGAUUCAUGUAUCCACUGUGCCACAGAUGGACUUCCUUCGCAAAAACUUUGUUUACAAGACUCUGCCAUUCAAGGAGUUUGUGAAAAGAGCAUCUGAGAAAAAGCACUCUGAUUUCUUCCUGUGUGAGGCAAGGAGCUACUAUCUUCGAUCACUAGGAGAAGACGUACGAAAGGAACCUGCUGAUCUGAGCAAACAGUUCCCAGACUUGGCAGAGGAUUUUCACAUCCCGCAGUUCUUUGAACCCGAGCAGUUUUUCUCCAGUGUGUUCCGCAUCAGCUCCUGUGGUCUGCAGCUGUGGACACACUACGAUGUGAUGGAUAACCUGCUGGCUCAGGUGACAGGGAUGAAGAGAGUGGUUCUCUACAGCCCCCAGGAUGCAUUGCACCUUUACCUGUCAGGUGAUAAAUCAGAAGUUCUGGACAUCGACUCCCCAGACCUGAAACGGUUUCCUGAGUUUGUGAAGGCAAAGCGAUACGAGUGUGUGUUGGAGCCUGGAGAUCUACUUUUUAUCCCUGCUCUGUGGUUCCACAAUACCCUGGCUCUGCAGUUUGGUGUGGGUGUAAAUGUGUUCUGGCGCCAUCUACCUGUGGAUAGCUAUGACAGAAAGGACCCGUACGGUAAUAAGGACCCUGUGGCUGCGACUCGCGCCCUUCAGGCACUGGAGAGAGCACUGCACACUCUGGAUGAGCUCCCAGCAGAUUAUCGGGACUUUUAUGGACGCCGUAUGAUACAGCGCAUUCAAAAGCGGACAUACUGUGACAAUCUGUUGGGCACAACUACACAGGACAGCACACAGGACAGCACAUUACCCAGCGGUCAGUUCACCAAACCUGGAUGAGUGUCAGGAGAAAUGUGUAACCAAUAAAACACCCAUGUUGCACUCAU